AAGUCAAUAUUGAAUGCAUUAUUUAAAAAAUAUGAAUGAAUCACGUAUCACUAUUUUUUUAUUUCAAAUAUAUCUAAUGAGAAAAUUUACUUUUUAAAAUGUAUUUUUAAUAUACUCUAAUGUAACAUUUUUACUCCCAUACUGAGGACUUUAGGAACGGGGAGAUCAAUAUUUUUGCCCAGAAAAUGUUUAAUGUGUUAUUCUAAGUGUCAUUGGCAAGAUAAUACAUUUAAUUAAACAAAUCUCUUUGGCAUCAAGUACUAUCUUAUUUUUUUCCUGGUGUUGCAAUUUCGGUAAUUAAUGGCCACAUCAGAUUAAAAUGAAAAAACCAAAAGUCUGAAGUCAUAUUUGAUUGCUUUUGAUAAAUAAAUGCACUACUGAGAAAAUGCUCUGAGCGCCGCUCGUGACACGUCAGUGAAUUAGUGUGAAAGGCCUGCGUGCAGUUGUCGUCCUCUUGGACUCCUUUCAGAGCUGCGUAGCGGAGAAAGACGACGGUCGGCUUGCCAUUUAAAACGCACGUUUUCUGUGGACUUUCAUAUUUAUUCUAUCUGAUUUGAUUGAGGAGUGUUUGUUUUUAUUUCAAAGGAAACAUCUUGAUAUAAUAUAUAUUUUUAAUUCACGAUGUACUAUUUGUGGAUGCUCGCCGUCAACGGCCGAUGGCGCACACUGUUUGCCAUUCUUUGUCUCUGUGAAUUGCGCUCCGCGAGUGGACAGGCUCGCUAUUCCAUACCGGAGGAGCAGGCGGAAGGCUCUUUUGUUGGAAAUAUUGCGAGAGAUUUGGGCUUGGACUUGGAGAGACUCGUGGCAGGUAAAGCUCGAAUUAUCACAAACGAAGAUCGACAAUAUGUUGAUUUAAAGCGAGACAAAGGCACGCUUAUGGUCAAAGAGCGCAUCGACCGAGAGGAGCUUUGUGGGAAGACGACGCCCUGCAGCUUCAGUUUUGACAUCAUUUUGGAAAACCCAAUCCAUGUUUAUCGUGUAAUAGUGGAGGUGGUUGACAUUAAUGACAACAGUCCCUCCUUCCCACAGUCUGAAAUCAAUUUGAAAAUCGUUGAAAAUGCUGCAAUGGGAACUCGUUUCUCUCUCGCGAAUGCAGCCGAUCCCGAUGUUGGUAUUAAUGAUAUUCAGAAAUAUGCACUUAGACCAUCAAAUAAUUUCAAAUUGGAAAAACACAAUCAACCAGAUGGUGAGGGUUUUAUAGAAAUGAUUUUGCAGAAGCCUUUAGACCGAGAACGAGAGGAGAGCCAUACACUCAUGUUGAUUGCUUCAGAUGGCGGUGAGCCACAUAGAUCAGGGACGGUGAGAAUUCUAGUCACUGUGCUGGAUGCAAACGAUAACGCUCCAGUGUGCUCUCAACCUGUUUAUAAGGUCGAUGUGCCAGAAAAUUCACCUGCAGGGACGGUAAUCGCGACUGUUAGUGCAAACGAUGCUGAUGCAGGAAUCAAUGGUGACGUCACUUACUCCACCCCUCAUGUGACCAAAGAGGAAGAGCAGCUUUUUCAUGUUAAUGCCAAAACGGGGGAGAUUAGACUUACUGGUUUAUUAGAUUUUGAAAAAUCAAAAAACUUUCAAUUGAAAGUCCAAGCUAGUGAUCAUGGUGGUUAUUCAGAUACAUGCAAAGUUAUUGUGAACAUACUUGAUGAGAAUGACAAUGUCCCCACGAUUAAGUUAAUGUCGUUUUCUCAAUCCAUACUUGAAGAUUCUCCCCCAGGUACAACUGUAGCUGUUUUUAACGUGAAUGAUGAAGACUCUGAGGGCAACGGUGUUGUCAAGUGUUCCAUUAACGACGACGUCCCUUUUAAAAUUGAGUCUUCUCUAACAGGUUACUACACCAUAGUGACUGAAAACGUCUUAGACCGGGAAAAUAUCCCUGAAUAUAACGUGACCAUAACAGUGUCUGACCAAGGCUCUCCACCUCUGUCGAGUAGUAAAAACAUCAACGUUAAAAUAUCUGACGUGAAUGACAACCCGCCCAAAUUUCAUCUGUCAGAAUACAGUAAGAUUGUGCCGGAGAACAACGCUCCUGGUUUUUCCGUGUUUACUGUCAGUGCUAGUGAUUCAGACUGGGGCCAGAACGCUCGAGUGUCUUACUUCCUAGAAGAGAAAGAAGUGAAUGGAGUAGCUAUGUCUUCUUUUGUCUCGGUAAAUUCAGAUAACGGUGUCAUCCACGCGGUCAAAUCAUUUGAUUAUGAACAAGUCAAAUCCUUCGACUUUAACGUUACUGCCCGCGACUCCGGAUCCCCUCCACUCACUUCUGUGGCCACAGUCCGCAUUCUGAUCCAGGACCAGAAUGACAACGCCCCUCAGGUCCUGUACCCGGUGCAGACGGGCGGCUCGCUGCUGGCCGAAAUGGUGCCUCGUUCGGCAGAUGUGGGCUUCCUGGUGACUAAAGUGGUGGCCGUGGAUGUGGACUCUGGCCAGAACGCCUGGCUCUCCUACAAAGUGCACAAAGCCACCGACAGGGCGCUGUUUGAAGUGGGCCUCCACAACGGAGAGAUCCGAACCGUCCGCCAAGUGACUGACAAAGAUGCUGUCAAACAAAGACUGACUGUUGUGGUUGAGGACAACGGGCGGCCCUCUCGCUCAGCGACGGUCAUUGUGAACGUGGCGGUGGCCGACAGUUUCCCUCAAGUGCUGUCAGAGUUCACUGACUUGAGCAUGCACGACAAGGAGUACAAUGACCAGUUGACUUUUUACUUAGUCUUGGCGCUGGCGGUGGUCUCCUUCCUCUUCAUCGCCUGCUUGCUGCUUAUCAUAUCGGUCAAAGUGUACCGGUGGAGACAGUCUCGCGUCCUGUACCACUCCAACCUGCCUGUCAUUCCGUAUUGUCCACCUCGAUACUCGGAUACUUUGGGGACGGGAACUCUCCCGCAUAUGUACAAUUACGAGGUGUGCAGGACCACCGACUCCAGAAAAAGUGACAUGAAGAAUAUGCAAGCCAUGAGUCAAAGUUUAGUGAGUGUGGAUGGAGCUGAUGCUGACAUGUUGCAUAUGAACAAGGAGCUGUCAGGAAACUGCUCACAGAUGUCAACCUUGGUGAGUCAGCAUUUCACCAUUCUUUCUUUGUUUUUGCAUCUGAUAACUUUCAUUGCUCUCAGUAGAGGAUUUUCAUUAAUUGUCAUUGCUGGAUGGAUGACAUCUUCAAUAUAAUUCUCAUCCGUGCAUAAGAUCAAAUUAGUGUCAUUGAAUGAAGAAAUAAGGUGUGCGGUAAAGUAGUAAUUCCUUGCACUGCAGCUUUUUGUCAAUUAAUCCAGUAAGAAUUGUUAGUCAAAUUAUGAAUAAUAACACAACAUUAGAAAGUUAAAACAUUUCUUUUUUGAGACCCGAUUUCUUUAUUUCUCAGUUGAUCUUCUUCGUUGGACACAUUUUGGUGUACUACUUAUCAUUAUUACAUUUUGGACUGUCCCAAGAUGUAACAAAUAUUCAAACCUUUGCUCGAGUCAUUACAAUCAAUAAUAUUGAAAUAGAAAUCUGUGACACCAUUUUUAACCACACAUAUGACAUUGUGAGGACCAGAGCAACCUUAAACAUAUUAUAUUCAUUGAAGAUAUUUGAUAUUGGACUGCUCUUCAAACACUUCCUUUUCUGUCUUGACAACCGUCCAUCUUACCACGACAUUUGUUCUCAAGAAGCAAAUCUCAUUUUAAAAGCAUGCCAAUGCAUUGUAACGCGCUCAUGGUUGCAGAAUUUUAGGUUUGGAAGCUGAGAGGAGUAGAAUCCGAUUGGAUAACUGCAACGUUUAAUUGUACUGUUUACAACAACGGAAAAAGCCACAACAAUCCAUUUGCACGCAAUCUUAAACCAGGCCCCUUUUCAAAAUUAUAAAAAGAGUUGUCCAAACCUUAUCUUCAUUGAUUUCACACAGUUUUUUUUCAGCUGGGUUACACCAACAUAGACCAAAGUGUGUCUUUGCCCAUUUCACGUAAAGUGCGUGCAUUUGAAGGAGGUUUGAGAGUAUCUCAAAGCAAGUUGCCAAAAGUCAAGCCGAGGAUGUUUGUGCCCAUUUUGACACCUACUUUUUAGUGUGUCUCAGAAUACGUGAAUAUUCACGGGACAGAGUGGUUGUGAUUAUUAUGAUUUCUUCAUUACCUUGGUGUGAUAGUUGCAGCUGCGUGAAGAUAAAGUUGUUGGCAUUGCUUACCUUAUGUCAAACAUUUAAUGGAAAUGCAUCAUCGUAAUCUAAAUAACAUGCAAUGUGGAAUGCUCAGAGAUCAUUCUUUUUAGAAUGCAUCUGUUUAUUUCAGAAAAAAGCACUCUUAUUUUUUUUAACAAUGUAAAU